AUGUCUCGUCCAGAACAGCUGGCUCCGCCUGAGUUUUUUUACAACGACACAGAAUCGUUCAAGUAUACCUCGUCUUCGAGAGUUCAGCAUAUUCAGGCCAAGAUGACGCUGCGAGCGCUGGAAAUCCUGAACUUGGAAGCUGGUAAGAGGCACUUUGUGCUCGAUGUUGGGUGUGGCUCUGGUCUUUCGGGUGAGAUUCUUUCGCAAGAAGGCCAUGAGUGGAUUGGUAUGGAUAUCUCGCCUUCGAUGUUGGCCAUCGGACUCGACCGUGAAGCAGAUGGAGAUCUGUUUUUGAGUGAUAUGGGAGAUGGGAUACCGUUCAGAGCUGGUGUGUUUGAUGCUGCUAUAUCUAUUAGUGCAAUCCAGUGGUUGUGUAACGCAGAUCGGGCAGAUGUUGAGCCCAAGCUGAGAUUGAAAAGAUUUUUUGACACGCUUUAUUCGAGUUUGAAGAAAGGAGGCAAGUGUGUGUUCCAAUUCUACCCCUCCAACGAAAAUCAGAUUGAGCAAAUCACAUCCAGUGCCAAGCUGGCUGGUUUCCAGUGUGGUUUGGUGGUUGAUGACCCAGAGUCGAAGAAGAACAAGAAGCAUUACUUGGUGCUACAGAACGGAACUGGAAGAGCGCUCAACCUGGCUAACAUGGAACUGGAGAACACGAGAACUGUGAAAGCAAAGAAGCGUCAAGAAAGCACCAAGGACUACAUAAUGAGAAAGAAGGAGUUGAUGAGAAAGCGUGGCAGGGUCGUGGCGAAGGACUCCAAAUACACUGCCAGGAAGAGACGGAUCAAGUUUUGA